UGUGUGUGUGUGUGUGUGUGUGCGUGCGUUUGUGUGCGUGUGUGUGUGCGUAUCUGUGUGUGCUUGCUUUCGUGGGGUUGUGUGUGAAAUGCGUGGUAAAAGCGCGUGAUGCUUUGCCAUUCUCCAUCUGCGCCAUGCUCCGUUGACCAGGCUGAGGGCGGAGAUCCAACGAAGAUGGCGUACGACCGCCCCUCCCCAAAGUUCAUUGCGUUCCUCGCAAAGCACUUUGGUCUCAGGCAGUUUACACCCCAGGUGAACAACUUUGUCAUUUUCCACGAGGCCUUCACACCGUCGCGCAUGCAAUCAGCAGUGCACCGGCCAAGCGCAGGUGGACUGACAGAUGAGGACUUUGCGCUUUCGCACGACAGUCACACAUCCCCUCCAUCUUCAUCAUCCCCACCAUUCUCCUCAUCGUCGUCGUCUCUUGUCCCAUCUGCCCGACACCGCAACAACAGCCAGCACCCACACCAACGUGAGCUUGUCCACAGCAACAACAGCCACAUCAUGAACAACAACAACAACAACAACAACAACAGAAGCAGCAGCGGCAUUGGUCGCAGGGACGGCGCAAUUGCGCGCAGCAACGGAUAUGACACACACCGCGCAGGGUAUUCCAUGCCCAACGGCUAUAGCAACAGGAGCACCAACAGUCGAUACGGCGACAGCGCCACGAGUAGUCGCCUGUCAAGCGCUGUUGCGCUGCCGUCGCAUCUACCCCGCAAUCCAGGCGUGGACACCGGGGCCAUGAGCGGGGGCGCACCGGACCGCGUGUCCACCGCAGACAGCGAUGACAGCUGGGUGGUGGGCAGUGCACAUGCGAGAACGAGGGCGUCGGCGCGCGCCCGCCGCGACUUCCGGAGGCACCCGCUCAACGGCAUUGGUGUCGGUGUUGGUGCUGGUGUUGGUGUUGGGUCUGCUGGCUCCUCACGUCUUGGCAGUGGAAGCCGCGCAUCGUCCAGAUACGCGCACGGGCGGUCGUCGGCGCGUACAGCUUCAACGCCAGCGACGGCAGCGGUUGGCGGGGCUGUGACACCGGCCGCCACCAUGCCCACACCUACUGCAAAGCUGUACCACCAUCACCAUCACCGAACGCAGAGUCAUCGUGACCGUGCACCUGCCGCCGCUGCACACACGAACAUGGCACCCGCGCCAGCAAUGCACGCUGUUGGCAUUGCGCUUGCAGCACGACCACCCUCUAUACAGCAGCAGGGGACGGUGAUGGGUCGAAGUCUGGUGCAGAACCGCGCCACGCAGCGCAUUGGCAGACACGGCGUUCGCUUCCAAUCACGGCGGUGACUGGUGGUGUGCCGCGUGCGAUGUGUGAUGUGUGUGCGUGUGUGCGGGCAUGUUUUUGAUAUGAAACCUCAUCAGCUGUGUCGUGGAUAGUGGAUGUUGUGUGUGUGUGUUGGAAGGGGCUGGCUGGCUGGCCUCUCGCCGUUGAACAGCACCUUGUCUAUCGUGUUACUUUACGAUUGCCUUUGACGCGUAUGCUCCUCAUUUCUAUUCUUGACCGUGAGAUCAGUUGAUUCCAUGGGACAACGUCCUCUGUGUGCGUGUGUGUGCGUGUGCGUGUCUAAAUCUCUCGCUGUUUGUCUCUGUCUCUCUGUCAUUCCCUCUCUGUCUGUCCCUCUCUUCGUCUUCGCCGUCAACUCGCUGGUUGUGCUGGUACGAUCAACAAUACAACGAUGACAGCGCUGCAA